GCGCACAUGCAGCGUUGGCACAACAGUCUGGGUAGCCAACGAUCUUUGACCCGUUCGAGACUCUCCCCGUGAAGGCGGGUUUACCUGGGCACUGAGGUACGAGGCGGGCUCCGUGCGUCUGGGCUCCCUGCGCCGUCUCGAGAGGAACAGGCAACACAGUCGAUUCACCUCCACCACGCUCCUUUCACCCCCGUGCAGCCAGGCACCGCGGCCAGCCUGCGGCCCCCGUCCCAUACUUAAACCCACCGCCCCUCUGCUGCUUCUGCCCUCCUCGCCUCAGCGUCCGCUGCCCGCCUGCUGCAACCCCGCCAUACCCCGCCACGCCGCCACUGCUCCAAAUUCGAAUACACAACCGCCUGCCCUGGACCUCGUCUUUCGCGUCCGCGCACACGUCGAAGCCCGCCAUGGCGCCCUCCUCGUCGGUGCCGCCGAAUCCGACUUCGCACAACGUCACGCAGCUGCUCCCCAAGCUCAACGAUGACGACCCCGACUUCCGCUUCAUGGCGCUCAGCGACCUGCACGACAUGCUGCUCGUCGGCCACCCGACCUUCCUCUCCCACGAUGCGGUCGCGUGCGCAAAGACGGUCGAGGGCCUGCUCAGCACGCUCGUCGACAGCAACGGCGAGGUGCAGAACCAGGCGGUCAAGUGCCUCGGCCCUUUCGUCAACAAGAUACCGGACAACAUCCUGUGUCCCAUGAUCGAGAAGCUGUCCAACUUGCAGACCGAUAACACCGUCGACCAGUCGAUACCCUCUCUGGCCCUCCGCGAGGUUGUCGUGUCGCUGCCGCGUCCCGUCGCUGGUGUUGCGCGCAGCAAGCAGGUCCAGGAUGCAUACAACGCGGUGAGCAAGGUUCUGAUACCGCGAUUAGUGGGAUACAAUGUCAUCUUGCCGUCCCGCAAGGACCUGCCGGGUGUGCCCAAGGGCAUGCUGCAGGUGGAUCUGGACAAGGGCACCGACAGCAACGCCAUCGACGUCCUGACCGAAGUGGCGCGGUGUUUCGGUCCCAUGCUGCAAGAUGCCGAAAUCAACGCGCUACAGAGGAUCACCUUUGAGAUCCUUGAGAACGAGCGAGCGAGCUCUAUGAUGAAGAAGAAGUCUGUCACCGCUGUCUCGACGCUGGCCGGAUACUUCUCCGAUGGACUGCUCAGCAACUUCAUUUCCCGCGUCAUCGAGCAUCUACGUGAUGUGCAUCUGACACGCAGCAAGCGGAAGCUGUACAUCACUAUACUCGGUUCCAUGGCUAGGUCAAUACCCCGCAAAUUCGGCCCAUACCUGAAGACACUGGCACCUUUCGUGUUGAGCGCGCUGAGCGCCCAAGAGGUGGACGAGGAAAUGGAGACAUCGGAUGACGAGUCCGAGCGUGACCCCGAGAUCGACGAAGUCCUGGAAGCCGCCCUCAUUGCUCUGGAAGGCUUCCUGGCUUCCUGUUCGCACGACAUGCGAUCCUACACGGACGAAUCAAUUGAGGCCGCGACGCGCCUCCUGAAGUACGACCCCAAUCUUGCUGAAGAUGAUGACGACGAGGCAAUGGAGAGCGAUGAAGAGGACGCGCUUGAGGACGAUGACUUUGAACAGGAAGCGGGCUAUGAUGAUGACGAAGACGCAAGCUGGAAGGUUCGGCGCUGUGCUGCUAAGGUGCUGUACACAAUUAUCUCUACGCGGAGCAAUGGCGACUUGCUAGACGACGGAACCCUGUACAAUCGCGUUGCACCCGCUCUCGUCGCCCGGUUCAAGGAGCGAGAAGAGAAUGUUCGUCUAGAGGUGCUAUCCACGCUUUCGAAUCUGGUUCGCAAGUCCGGCGAUGGCCCGAUACCCGUCAAGUUCGCCGACGAGCAUCCCGCCGGUGGCACCAUGAUGCCUCCCCCUAGCCGCAAGCGACGCCGAGGUGGUAGCGACGCGAGCAUGUUCGACCUUCAUGGCAGUGCCUCCAUCUCCAUGGGCUACGCAUCCCCUGCACCCGUUGGCACGCCACCUGUCGGUCCGCGAGCAAGCCUGGCCAAACUCAGCCCAGAGAUUAUUCGAGGCGUGUCACAGCUUCUCAAGCAAUCGUCUUCCCCGCCGACGACCAAGCAGGCAUGUGUCGCCUUGCUCAAGAAUAUCGUCAUCACUCAGCGCGGGGGUUUGGACGGUUACCUCAGCCAGAUCGCCGGGCCUAUUGUGGAAACCGCCAAGACUAGCGGCGGCGCGACCAGCACGACCUCAGCUACGGCAAACAGCCUGCGCAUCCAGGCAUUGCAGCUCAUUGGAGCUAUUGCAGAUACCCAUCCGUCUGCUUCGCUUCAGCCAUAUCUUCCCAAGAUUGUGCCCGCCCUUCUCCUCGGGGCUCGCGACAAAUACAGCAAGCUAUCGAUUGAGGCGUUGGCCGCGAGCGAGCAAGUCAUCAAGGCUCUCACACCGCCCCGGUCUGCCGCUUCUGGAUCGUAUAAUCAACAAGACCUGGAGCAAUUGUACGAGACACUGGUGAACCGGAUAGCAGCCAAUGACGCAGAUCUCGACGUUCGACAGAGCGCCAUCCAUGUACUUGGCGUUUUCCUGGGAAGAACCUCUGGGACCGACGGCCUGCUUGCGCCCCAGAAGCGAGCUGCUGGGUUGGAGCUGCUGGCCGACCGCAUCAAGAAUGAGCUCACCCGCCUUGCAUCUGUUCGAGCAAUCGACUCGAUAGCUGCUCACACAAAGGCUCACAACGAGUUGUCCGCGAAAUGGGUCCGAAACGUUGCUCUGGAGCUUGGCGCCCAGUUGCGCAAAGCUAGUCGGGCUCUCCGCGGUGCGAGUUUGACUGCUCUUCGAACGCUGGCAUUAAAUCCCCUUUCACGACAGCAGCUGGAUGGCCAGACCAAGUCCCAGAUCGUUGAGUUGUUGCUGCCUCUACUAAAUGCCGCGGACCUUCAUCUCCUUGGCCCAGCCCUCAUUAUCCUUGCCACAUUCGUCAAGGACGAUGCGAAGUCUGUUAUGACGCCUCAAUUCACUGGUGCGCUUUGCCGGGUUGUCCAGGGCUCGAUCAGUGGCAGCUCACUAGAGGCGCUGCUUGCUCUGGUGCGAACUAUUGGAGAGCAGCGCGCCGGUCAGCAAUUGAUGCAGGCGUUGCUCAAAGACGUUGGCGUCUCUGGUCACCCUGAGGUUGUCGGUAAGGUUAUCGGAAACCUCUUGGUGUACGGCGGCAGCAGCCUGGGAGUCAAGCUCGAGCAGUUCGUUACCGAGCUCGAAACACAACAGGAUGACAAGCGUAAAUACCUUGCUCUUGUUGUCUUAGGGGAGUCGGCGCUUCGGUUGGGAUCGCAAUCCUCCAUUCAGCCUCAGCUUUUUAUCAAGUAUUUCUCCGUCAAGUCGGAACAGGUGCCGCUUGCAGCUGCAGUGGCGCUAGGCCGGGCAGGAGCCGGUAGUGUUGGCAAGUAUCUUCCUGUGAUACUGUCCACAAUGGGUCAGCCUUCAAGCCCACAGUAUCUCCUGUUACAUUCUAUCAAGGAGAUUCUUCAACAUGAUGGUACAGAGUCGGAAAUUAUCCCCUUCGCUUCAGCGCUGUGGCAGAACCUCGUCGCUGCUUCCCAGGCUGAGGAUAACAAAGCAAUUGGUGCGGAAUGUAUAGGUAGGCUCACUAUCAUUGAUCCGAAGACCUACCUUCCGCAACUCCAGGCUUUCCUAGGUGAUCGAAAAGCAAGCGUCCGCGGCAUGGUCAUCUCAGCCCUGCGAUAUACUCUCGCCGACACCGACGAAGGAUAUGACGAAUAUCUCCGCCCCAUCGUGGUCCCCAUGCUCGUCCAGAUGCUCAACGAACCCGAUCUCGACAACCGCCGCCUGGCUCUCACGACUUUCAAUUCCGCCAUGCACAACAAACCCGACAUCAUCAUUCCAGCUCUCGACCAGCUGCUGCCGAUGACCAUGAAGGAGACGGAGAUCAAACCCGAACUCAUCCGAGAGGUGCAAAUGGGUCCAUUUAAGCACAAGGUCGACGAUGGUCUCGAGAUUCGCAAGAGCGCCUACGAGACACUAUACGCUCUACUGGAGACGGCCUUCCCGAAACUUUCGCCGUCAGAUCUUUCUGACUGCUUCGACCGUGUCGUGGCCGGAAUCAGCGACGAGCAUGAUAUCCGCAUUCUCUGUAACCUCAUGCUUACUAAGCUCAUGGUGCUCACUCCAGAGCAGACUCAUUCACGCCUUGAAGCAAUUGCCGAGAACUUCCGUGCCGUCCUAUCGAUCAAGCCCAAGGACAACGCCGUCAAGCAAGAGCUGGAGAAACUGCAGGAAGGUAGUAAGGGUGUGCUGAAGGUAUCUGUCCUGUUGAACAAGCAGAUGGGCAGCGAGAGCGGUGUCCAAGGCCAUGAUGAUCCCCACCUUCGGGUGUGGGCCAGCUACUGGGAUUGGAUCAAUAAGGAACACCAGGCUUCGCUCAAGGGCGUCACAGAUGAGUUGAAGGACCGCGAUCGUUAAGUGUGGUUAAAGGCGGUUUGCGUUUUGAGUGGCGUACAUAGCGGACAUGGUUGCGAGUGGUGCAUUUUCAUGGCAUAGCUUAGCAUGCGAGAGACUGAACCGGAUACAUGGGUAGGCUCUUUCAAAAGCGAAUAUGAAUGGAUAUAUG